AUCACCCAAAACGAUUCAUUGCCUAUAAGAUUGGAAUCUGUAAAGAGGUUCGUUGCACUAACUCGUCCGUUGAAUAAAUGUAAAGGGAGACGCUAUACACGUGUAACGAAUAAAACGAUGGAAACAAACGGAACCCACGAAAAAUUUACUUGUGCACUGCAUUUGAAGGUCGAACAUAAAAUGCAUUCUGAAAUAACCGAUCAGAGAUUUUUGUCAAGAGAUGGUAGGCAUCAGAUACCGAAAUUCAAGUCCAUAUUCACGUACUAUGCCAACCCAUUUGAUAAGCAACUUACACUUACGAACGAAUGGAUGGACUGGAUGUUUCAAUUUUCACUUCUUCCUAAACUUCAUUACGAACGACGAGUACGCGAAGCCAGUAUCAUGACUUCGUCCUACCUGUAUCCGUUUUGCAAGGAUAUCAAGCGUUUCGAACGGCUGGUAAAGUGGAUGGGUUAUUUAUUCAUCUGCGACGACCAUAUAGAGCUUGGUCGUGACAAAAAAACUACAAAUCUAAUCAUAGAUCAAGCUAUGGACUCCAUAAAACGAUUGGAAGCCAUCCAUGUGACGGGUGAGGAGCACAAUGUUUCGCUACUUAACUUCAAACCGUACAUACUAUGUGUCUACUAUGUUGUCGACGAGAUUUUCCUGGAUAUGAGCAUGGAUCAGAGAAAACGAUUCAUAGAAGUGUGGCGUUCGUAUUGCUUGGCUAACAAUAAUGAAAAUGAACUGAUCGAGGUACAGCUACUCGACCUGGAUAGGAUCAGCAAAGUUCGCCUGGAGAGUGGUGGCAUGAAAACAUUAUUCGCGUUAAUUGAAUAUUCGGAGAAAAUUCAGCUUUCCGAUGAGGUGUGGCACGAUGAUAGGAUUCAGCGUUUAAUGGAUCUGUGUAAUCUGUGCACCAUAUUCGUCAACGAUGUGUAUUCCUUCGAGAAGGAGUAUCUGGAACAGAAUGGGAACAUGACUAAUAUGCUUGUGAACAUAGUCGGAUUCCAUGUGCUCAAGUACAAGUGUUCCAUAGUAGAGGCAUUCGAAAGAUCGUUGAAUAUUAUCAGAGAAUAUGAAUCUGAAUAUAAAGAGCUUGCUGAUAGUCUUGCCAACGAUCAUAAUCUUGGCGCUGAUGGCAAGAAGUUUGUCGAAGGUUUGACCGCUGUAAAUGCCGGUAAUUUUGCUCUAUCCAUACACUGUAAUAGGUAUAACGUAAUUUACGAGACGAAGUAAAAAUGUCUGUUAUUAGUAGAUUAUCAGUGAAGUAAUUUGAUAUAUCGUAUCCAGAUGAGUAACAGUAUCCGAGGGUUUCAGCCCGAGGUACGUUACCCUUCGUGAUACGAAAUAUUAAAUUAUUUCCCGUGUAAAGUAUGUUAUUUGACUUUAAGAGCGAGGUAAAGGGUUUUUUCUAGGGAGGCAAUGGCCACAUUCCCUCCCUAGUUAAGUAAUAAAUAUUAUGCACGUAUGACAAAGCGGUCGAGGCUUGCCGAGACGGCUUGUCAUACUUGCAUAUUCUUUUU